ACCUGACAGUUUGCAUAAUAAAAAAAUUGCUAGCUCGCCGACCAAAAAGUAGUCCUUUUACAUCAUCUAAAAUUUCAAAGAAAUAAAAUAAACUUUUUCUCCAAUAAAAUGUUACGAACACGCUUAGUGACUCUUCGCAAUACAAAAAACAUAUAUUUCGCCAACAUUUUACGUUUACAAAGUUCACAAUCAAAUCCUGAACAUACAGAAAAAUCCACACCAAGUGUUGAUUCCUACAAAGCCUAUACCGAUGUUAAACCAGCACCACCAUCUAAACCUAAACUACCUCCAAGAAAUCCACUUGCUAAAGAAUUCUUUUUGGGUAAAGUUGAAAAAGAUCUACUUGCCUACCCAGAAGUAAUAAGUCGCGAAGAAAUGGCAAUAUUACAUUCAGAAACUGCCAAAUUCCAAAGCUUUUUUGAUUCCAUAAAUGAAACUGAAAUUGAUUCCGCCAAAUCAAUUUCAAAAGAUAUUCUCGAUAAUUUAAAAGAACUUCGUUUGUAUGGAAUUAAUGCUCCGGAUGAUUAUUCGGGUGGUCGGGGAUGGCAAUAUAGUCAAAGUUUAAUUGCAUCUGAAGCUGAGUCAAGUGUAACAGAUGUUGCUUCAGGACUUUUAUCACAUCGUGUUGUUAUUGACACUUUGAAUGAGAUUGGCACGGAAGAACAAAAGCAACUUUAUCUUCCAAAACUUGCAAAUGGUUCACUAAUUGCAACUGAAGCUAUAUUUGAAUACAACGAAGCUGAAGAUGGCUUCUUUAAUACAACAGCCAAUCAUGAUUCAGUCGAAGGAGUGUGGAUUCUGAAUGGUGAAAAGGCUUUUGUAUUAAAUGGUCCCAAUGCUGGUCUGUUUCUGGUCAUUGCUCAGACAGCAAAACUAAACAUAUCCAACGAUGCGGGAAAAACGACAACCAUAUUCUUGGUUGACAAAUCAACGCCAGGAGUGAAAAUUGGUGAACAACAUGCAACGAUUGGCUGUAAAGGAUUGCCAUCGUGUAAAGUUGAAUUUAAUAAUGUCAAGGUUCCAGAAAGUUGUGUUGUUGGGAAUGCCAAUGAGGGUAGUGUAACUGCUGAAGUGGUUUUGAGAAGCACCAGAUUACGUAGUUCUAUGAUUGCUUUGGGAUUGUCGAAGAAAAUUCUUAAUGAACUGACACAGCAUAGUAUUCAAAAUAAACAAUGUGGGAUAGCUCUCAAAGAUCUGGAGGGAAUUAGAAAGCAUAUUUCAACUUUGACUACGAGUACCUAUGCAAUGGAAAGCAUGAUUUACCUAACAGCAGGUCUGUUGGAUGAAUUCGAUCAACAGGACGUUGGUAUGGAAGCAGCAGUUACAAAGUACUACACCCUCACUCGACUGUUUGAGAAUUCUUCCAAAAGCAUUGACGUCAUUGGACCGAAAUCCUUGAUUUCUGGUCAACCAACUGAAAUAGCUUUCCGAAAUGCCCUGCAGUUGUAUACACAGAGUGAACCUAUUGACUCUCUUCGAAUGUAUAUCUCUCUUACAGGACUGCAGUAUGCUGGACAAAAUAUCGGCGAAACAGUUAUGAAGUCGAGAAAUCCUCUAUUCCAUCCUGGUCAUAUAUUUUCGAAAUUCAUGGAAUCUUCUAGUUUAGAAAAUCCAAAGUCAAAACUUCGUUUAGGCGAGGCAUUACAUCCAUCAUUGGAACCAGCCGCCCAGUGUAUAGAACGAUCGGUAACAAGAUUGCAAAUGGCUGCAGAAAUACUUCUGACAAAAUAUGGUCAGGAAGUUGUACAGAAACAUAUUGAAAUCUAUCGAUUGGCUGAAAUUGUUUCUCAUAUUUAUGCUAUGUUUGCAAGUGCAUCAAGAGCAUCGAGAGCAUAUUGUAUAGGUUUGAAGUUAUCUGAUUAUGAGUUGUUAUUAGCUUUGACUAUUUGUGCUGAGGGUGAAGCCAAAGUGAAAACACUUGCUUAUGAAAUAUUCGAAGGUCCAUAUUUGAAUAAUGAUCAUAAUGUUAAUAGGCUAACAAAGCAGGUCUUUAAGAGUGGUGGAUAUUUUUCAGAGCAUCCGUUGACGUUUAAUUUUUAAUUUGUAAUUGUUUUAAAUAAGAAAUUUUAGACCAGAUAAUAAAAUGUUUGUUAAGAAAAAAAA